AUCGUUAAAAAUGGAUAACAUCAGUUCACUGGGUAGUUUGGAAGGGAAAAAGUGUAUGAGAUAUUUUGCAGGCCAAUGAUGUCAAAAGUCAUAAGUAGCCAAAUCAGAAAAUGGCAGCAAACUUUCCACUAUGAAUCAAGCUGCAUCUCACAUAUGACCAAGAUCUUUUUCAUUGGCUGAACACGCUGGAAUUACUAGGUCAUAAACACUGUUUAAUCCGGGGAUCAUGAGUGGAUUUGGUACCAAGUAUCAAAGGUUUUAAAGUGACCCAAUCAUGAUUAGGUAGGCAGAGCAACCACACUUACAACUUACUUCAACUCUGGGUCUUCCAUUUGUAUGAUAGCAUGCAUCUCUUGAAACCUGAUCCCUGCAAAGACAGCAAUCAGCUUGAUAUAAAUUAGCCUUUCCAUUCUUUACUGCAACUAGUUUUCAGGCGAUGAAAAGGGGGAAUUUUGAUCUCCUUGGGCAAAACCUGUAGCCAUGAAGUCUGUAGCAAAAACAGAGAGACUCAGUAAUGCGAGGACCAUUGCUGAUUAAGAAGCUGGGGAAUCCUGCAGCGAAAACGGUCCCUGAUUCGGAUUACAGCCACCCACAAAACAAUUUUCAGUCUUCCUUAUCCUAGAGACAAAGAAGAUGCUCUUUCUGUGUCUCUUUCUAGUUAGAAUCUUGACAACAUUACUGUAGCCCCAAAGAACCUCCCAAGGCCUUUCAGUGCUGCCCAAGGAAAACCGACUUGACUUUUUUUUCCACUUCCUUUUCCUUUUUAUCAAACAAAACUAUCAAAAGCUAUAACCUUUUAGGGGUUCGAAACACUCGUUCAACACCAAACUUGCUUGGUUUUUGUUUUUCCAUCAAAAUUUCAAGUGGUCAGCAAUGUUACCAGCAGCUGUGAAUAUGCAUCGCCGCUUACUUGAGACAGAAGUGAGCUUGACACCAGCAAAUGGAAACAAAACUCAUGAUUCUUACAUCAGCGAGGCAAAUUUUGACUCCAACAUGGUGAUUAUAUUGGCAGCCCUUUUAUGUGCUCUGAUCUGUGCGCUGGGGUUGAAUUCAAUAGUGCGUUGCGCUCCGCGUUGCGGCCGCAGGUUUGCCCCGGAGACUCCGGAGCAAGCAGCUGUUCGCUUGGCAGCAGCAGGUCUCAAAGAACGAGAUUUGAGACAAAUUCCUGUGGCUGUUUAUGGGACAGGCGUGAAUUUUCCGUCCACUGAGUGCCCUAUUUGCCUAGGAGAGUUUGUGGAUGGAGACAAAGUUAGAGUGCUGCCAAAAUGUAACCAUGGAUUUCAUGUGUGGUGCAUAGACACAUGGUUGGUGUCAAACUCAUCCUGCCCGAAUUGUCGGCAUUCGUUACUUGAACAUGAUACAGCAAAUCCUGAAACAUCCCAGGAAGUCACUGGCCGGCAACCACCAGAAAAUGGAUUAGGUAAUCAUCAGCAUGACAGCGUUGUCUUAGUUGUUGAAGAGGGAAGUUAGUGCAAUUUGACCACCAGAGUGAGAACUGGAGGUCUAUUAGAGCUUUACUGUUCUUGUGGUUGUUAGAUUUUCAACAUAUGAGAGGAAAUUAAUUGAUGCAGAUUUGUAGGAGCCAAUGUCAAAUACUGGAUGUUUCCUUUCUUUUCCUGUUUAAGUCUCACAAGUUUGAAGUACAAGAUAGUUACAGUAAAGAUAGACUGUUCAUCAUCCAGAGUCUAGAGAAAUAAAAAAUUUAUAAGUAACAAGUUUAAGGUCAACUAAUCUGAUCUGAUGCAACUUUUUUAUGCAUGUGCAACUGCACUAGGCAUGUGUACAUGAAUUACAUGCUUUGCACACAUUAUUCAAGCUCUGGCCCAUUUCGCUUGCACUCUUCAACUUUCUUCCCGAUCUUUACGUUGAUCGCUUGGUCUACUACCCCAUUUGGUGACUUGCACUCUUUCCCGUAGAUUCCUAGAAAACAAUCUACAAUGGGUUUCACCUUCAUCAUAAAGCCCCCAUCAAAUACAUGCCAAAAUGCUUAGGCUGCAUUCCUUGAGCAAACCAUAAUUCUUUAGGGUAACUGGUUCAACGGCUAGUCAAAGCACAAACAAGUUUAGUACUCUUUCAUUGAGCAAUGCACUUACUCUUCAAAGCAAAAUGCAAGCACAGAAGCAGUAGCAACCCCGGAAAGUAAACAUUCAAGCCAGAGUCAAAAACUUCGGUUUCAAACUAAAUGCAACAAAAAUCUUACCCACCGGGAAGUUCCAGCUAUUCUCACUCCUGCUUAAGCUCCACAAGUUCAUUCUCAAGUUUUAAUUGAAAUCAGGAUCAACAGUUUGAAUUUCCACGGAACAAAAAAGAACCUGAAAUCCACAUUCCUCAGUCUUCUUGAAAAACUCGUACUUCGCCUGGGAAGAAAACCUUAACUAUCCGACACCCAGAUGUUAAAUCUGCUAUGAAUCGAUUGAAACAGUAUGGUAAUAAGGCAUUGGUCAUUUUUACUUCAUGAUCUAAUGAGCAGGUUUUUUCCUAGCUUUCUGUUAAUCCAUUAAACAUGAAAAUUGAUGGUAGAAUCUUC